AUGAGCCAAAACAAGAAAAAAUCGUCAAAUAAAAGAAAACUUCACAAAGCAUCUAAGAAAGUGAACCGGAACCGAAUUUCAACUACUCCUAAUACUAGACAAACUUCAACUACUCCUAGUACUGGACAAACUUCAACUACUCCUAAUACUGGACAAAUUUCAACUACUCCUAAUACUGGACAAACUUCUACCCCCAAAAAAGUUGAUAUAUUGAUUGUUUUACAUUAUUCCAUUCCAUUAUUCAAAGGUGUAUCAUUUAUACUUACUAUAUCAAAAAAAUUUAUCAAUACAGAAACGAAUCAAUACGAAAAAUCUGCAGCAAGUAAAGACAAACUGUCCGAUGAUGUAGAAAUCAUCAAAUCAAGUUCUAUCUCAAAAACAAGUCAAGAUCUGGAAGAAUCUCAUACCAAUAAAGAAAUGGCCAAUGCGCAUUUUCCGAAAAGUUCUUUUGAACAUACCAGAACUAUUAAACCACGAGAAUUUCCUGUUGAACCAUCAGAAUCAUUGGCAUAUAGAUACAAUAAUAGUGAUUAUGAAAAGUUGAAGAGAGAGUUAAAAGAAAUUAAAGGCGAAUUAAAUGAACUUUGGCAAGAUUAUAUCAAAUUACAUUCGCAUAAUAAGUAUAUCAAUCAUAAAAAUGAAACUGAAAUGAAGGUAAUAUUAAAAACAAUGCCUCCUGAAUUAACAUUAAGAUAUGACAAAAAAUUUACAAACAAGAUGAAUGCGGACAUUUUACGACAAUUAAUAUCACGAUUGAUUACUUCCAUGAAGCCUCAAUUUAGUCCUUCGUAUAAGCAUCAUAGAAAAAAAUUGCAUAGAGUCAAAGGUACUAUUUCACUUUUCAAACGUAAUGAUGAUUGA